GCUCUAACAUUUGAACAACAGAAGGAGUUGCUGCAGUUGCAGUUAAAACAGCAGUUAGAGUUGGAGAGGUUGAAAUGUGAAAAGGAAGUAGAGUUGGAAACUAUAAAGCAUAAAACUGAGUGUGCCAAGUUGGAAAUGCAACAGCAUCAACUACAGCUGGUAAGAGAGGGUAAACUUUCAGAUAUGGGGAGAGUGGAUAGUUUUGAGGCCUCAGGGGGCAAGUCUUCCCAGUGUGACCUGGUUAAUAAUCUCCGCCUGCUUCCCAGGUUUAGUGAGUCUGAUCCAGAUUCAUUUUUUUCUCUGUUUGAGAGGAUAGCAGAUGCUCGAGACUGGCCAGACGCAGACAGAACGAUGCUGUUACAGUGUGUUCUGACUGGAAAGGCCCAGGAGGCUUACUCUGCUUUAAGUGUAUCAGAAAGUAAGGUUUAUGACACAGUGAAGGCAGCAGUGUUAAAAGCUUAUGAACUUGUGCCAGAGGCAUAUCGCCAGCGUUUCAGAUCUGGGAAGAGGCGGGAUAAUCAGACCUACACUGAAUUGGCCCGUGAUUUGACUUCCCAGUUUAACCGCUGGUGUGCAGCAUCUGAAGUUGUUGCAUUUGAUGAUCUCUGCAACCUGGUGGUACUGGAACAACUUAAGAACUCUGUACCUGAGCGGGUGGCUACCUACAUUACUGAACAUAAGGUAAAAACCCCGAGAGAUGCUGCAGUCUUGGCUGAUGAGUAUGUUCUAACACACAGAAGUUUCUGGGACACAACGGGAGCAGCUGGUCAUAGAAAUGACACUUAUUCUAGGCCAGUAAAGAUAAAAACAGCUAACGAGGCAGAUCGGCAAAAGUUUACUCAGGGUGGGCGGAGUUCAGUAGUAAAUUCUGACACCUGUAGGUACUGUCAGGCAAGGGGGCACUGGAAAAAGGAGUGUCCAGUGCUGAAAGCCAGGAGGUCCUCUGGUCGGGUGAAACCUGCUGUUAUGGCUGCUCCAGUUAUAACAUCUGAGAGCAGGGCGUUAGGUCAAGUGCAGGCUUGUACUAAGCCGGUAGCUCCUCAGGAUGACUACUCUGCUUUCAUUUCGGAUGGGUGGGUCUCUUUGGUAGGAGGUGGGGUGCAGGUUCCCAUUAAAAUCCUAAGAGAUACUGGAGCACUAGAUUCUUUCAUUCUUGAGUCUGUGUUACCAUUUUCAUCCAGGACUGAUACUGGUGGAUGUGUAAUCACACUGGGGAUGGGUAUGGUUCCAUUCUCGGUCCCAUUGCAUCGGUUGGUUCUAAAUUGUGGUCUUGUUCAGGGGGAGGUGUCAGUGGGUGUUCGUCCCCAGUUACCUAUUGGGGGUUUGCAUAUGAUUUUGGGGAAUGAUUUGGCUGGUGACAAGGUGUGGGCCGAUGGUCAGCCUAAUGUAGUGCAGCCCCCUACAUUCCCCACUGUAGUAGAGCCCUCUGUGACACCACUGCACUUGGGUGACAUUUUCCCAGCCUGUGCCGUCACUCGUGCUGCCAGUCGUGAUGCUCAGAGGAUGGUGGAGCCAGAGUGGUUGGAGUUGCCAGAUUCUUUGCUGGUUGACCAGUCAGCGGGUUCUCAGGCCGAGCUAGUGGCAGAACAGAAGGCUGAUUCCUCUUUAAUGGAGCUGUUUGACCAAGUUGUGCCAGCAUCAGAGGUGAGGGAUACUGCCCAGUGCUAUUUCCUCCUAAAUGGGCUAUUGGUUCGGAAGUGGCUGUCACAUGGUGAUGCAUCUGUAGGAGAGCCAAUCUUCCAAGUUGUUGUCCCUACAAACUGUCGCAAUAAAGUGCUCCAGACGUCACAUGGUGACGUGGCAGGUCAUCUUGGCGUCCGUAAAACUUACCACCGUAUAUUGCAGCAUUUCUUCUGGCCACGCUUAAAGAGAGAUGUUGCUCUUUUCGUUAAGACGUGUCAUACCUGUCAGAUCACUGGCAAGCCAAAUCAGGUUGUUAAACCUGCUCCUCUACAGCCAAUCCCCGCCAUUGGACAGCCAUUUGAGCAUUUGAUUAUUGAUUGUGUGGGGCCCCUACCUCGGUCCAAAUCUGGACACACAUAUUUGCUGACUGUAAUGUGUCAGGUUACCAGGUAUCCUGCUGCUUACCCACUUCGCAGCAUUACAGCCAAAGCCGUGGUUGGAGCGUUGACUCAGUUCAUUUCAGUAUUUGGCAUCCCUAAAGUCAUACAGUCUGACCAAGGUUCUAACUUCACAUCCCAUCUGUUUGCUCAGGUGCUUAAACAAUUACACAUCAAGCAUAACAAAUCAACAGCCUACCAUGCGCAAAGUCAGGGUGCGCUUGAACGUUUCCACCAAACGUUGAAAUCACUGUUGCGAGCUUAUUGUACAGAACUGUCGGGUGACUGGGGGGGUGGGCUGCCCUGGUUGCUGUUAGCAGCUCGCGAAGUUAUCCAGGAAAGUACUGGAUUCAGCCCGAAUGAACUGGUGUUUGGCCAUAAAGUGCGUGGCCCACUUGCAGUUUUGCAAGAUGGUUGUUUGCCAGAGGAUCCACCUCCAAAUCUUAAGGAUUAUGUUAGUGGUUUCAGAUUGAAACUGUACAGGGCAGGUGAGCUGGCUAAGCAAAAGCUGCAGAAGUCACAGGGCAAGAUGAAGCAACGAUAUGACCAACGGGCUGAGGCUCGCCAGUUUAACCCAGGUGACCGUGUACUUACUCUUCUGCCUCUGGUAGAUUCCCCUUUUCAAGCUAAGUACAGUGGUCCUUUCUCUGUGGUGCGUCAAGUCUCUGAUCUAAACUAUUUGAUUGAAACUCCUGGCCGUAGAAAAUCUACAAGGUUGUGUCAUGUAAACCUCCUGAAGCCAUAUCACACUAGUGAGUCUGUGUCUCCACUGCCGAAGAGCUCUCCAGCCAAGCCAAUGUUGGUCUCUGGCCCUGUUUUGACCUCUUCCAUGUCUGAACUAGUGGUAGUUGAGGAGGAAGGGUUGGAUAUUGCUCCAGAUGAUGGGUUGUUGCGGGGCCGGUUGAAAAAUUCAGAGACGUUACAAGAUCUAAAUAUCCUUGUCGGGCACUUAAAUGUGGUUAAACGUGAUGAAUUGAUUAAACUAAUUAACAGCUAUCUAUCACUGUUUUCUGAUACCCCAACCCAAACGCACUUAAUUGAGCAUGACAUAGAUGUUGGAGUUGCUGAGCCCAUCAAGCAGCGUUUUUAUCGUGUGUCAGAUGAAAAAAGGAGACAGUUGGAUGCUGAAGUACAGUACAUGCUGGAUAAUGAUAUUGCUGAGCCUUGUUCAUCAAACUGGGCCUCCCCAUGCCUCCUAGUAAAAAAGGCAGAUGCUAGUUUGAGGCCCUGCACUGACUAUCGUAAGGUGAACAGUAUCACUAAACCUGAUCUGUAUCCACUUCCUCGUAUGGAAGAUUGUAUUGAUAUGGUAGGUUCAGCCACAUUUGUGAGCAAAUUUGAUCUUCUCAAAGGGUACUGGCAAGUCCCACUCACCAAAAGGGCAAGGGAUAUUUCAGCCUUCAUAACUCCUUCUGGCUUGUAUUCGUACACUGUUAUGCCAUUUGGUUUGAGGAAUGCUCCUGCAACAUUUCAACGGCUAAUGAAUCGGGUUGUUUCAGGGCUUACAGGUUGUGCAGUAUACCUAGAUGAUGUUGUGGUGUAUUCUGACACCUGGGAAGAACAUGUACAGCGUAUAGGUGCUCUCUUUGACAGGUUGGUCUGGGCCAACUUGACAGUAAAUCUGGCCAAGUGUGAGUUUGCCAGAGCCACUGUGACCUAUCUUGGGAAGGUGGUGGGUCAAGGCCAGGUUCGACCUGUGGAGGCCAAGGUCAUGGCAGUGCAAAAGUUUCCCCCCCCUACCACCAAGAAAGAGCUGAUGCGUUUCCUAGGGUUGGUAGGCUACUACCGCAGUUUUUGCAAGAACUUUUCAUCUGUGGUUGCACCCUUGACCGACCUCUUGAAAGCUAAAGCUGAAUAUAUUUGGUCUUCAAUGUGUCAAAAUGCAUUUGACAGUGUAAAAGCCUUGUUGUGUUCAGCCCCAGUGCUGGCAGCGCCACGAUUUGAUCAGCCCUUUAAACUUCAUGUAGAUGCCAGCAAUGUGGGUGUUGGGGCCGUCCUGUUGCAGGAGAAUGCGGAGGGUGUAGAGUGUCCUGUGAGCUUCUUCUCAAGAAAAUUUAACAAGCAUCAAUACAACUAUUCAGUGAUUGAGAAGGAGGCUUUGGCACUUGUUUGGGCUCUGCAGCAUUUUGAUGUCUAUGUCGGCUCAGGGUUAUCUCCGCUGACUGUCUUCACUGACCAUAACCCCCUCACCUUCUUGAAGUCACUGCAAAAUCCUAAUCAGAGGCUAAUGAGGUGGGCGCUGUUCCUGCAGCCAUAUAACCUAGACAUCCGACACAUUAAGGGGACUGACAAUGUAAUGGCAGAUGCCCUGUCUCGGGCACCUGUGGACCCUUAGUCUAUUUAUUCAUGCUGUCUCUCAUUUCCAUGUUCUCCUCUGCUCAUCUCUCGGCUCUUCAUUCCCUUAAAAUGCUCCUUUGGUACCAAGGCUGCUGGGUUGGUGAGGAUGGAGGGAUGUGCUGGAGGAUGCAGCCUGGGGGGAGUGCAGUACUGACUGUCAGUUAUUGGCUCCACGCCGCUACAGGUUCUUGGUUCUUGGUUCUUUUUGGCGUCUUCCUUGUACACUCAACAGGAGCACACACAUCUCACUCAUCCAUACACUACAUUCACCACUGAUGCCACUACUCUCCACACCUCAUGCUUUUUGUACAUAUAAUUGUUCAAGUUAUAAUAAAACCUUUUCAUUUAGCACUUUCAA